AAUCCUACCUUCUCCUGAGCUUUCCUAUCUGUGCUUCCUACUAAUCAAAUCACCAGCAUGAAGAUCUUGGCAUUGCUGGUACUGGUGGCAGUUUCCACCUUCCUGGUCUCAGGCCAGAAUACAACAAGUGCUCCAUCUGAUAGCUCGACUGCUGCCCCUGAUGCCACCACUGCUGCUGCCACCACUGCUGCCGCCACCACUGCUCCUGCCACCACUGCUGCCACCACCAAGACCACUGCUGCUCCAUUGAGCAUGAGAAAGAAACUUCAUGGAUAUCUUAAAGAAAUGGUUGGGUUGAAAUAUUACUAAGAUGGAAUUAGCCUGGACCUUCUGCAUUUGAUCCUGCUGGGCUCAGCCACAAUGUCCAUUCAUUUGAUUUAAUUCAACUACUUACCAUGUGUACUAUCUCUUUCUUAUCCCUAUUCAGUAUAUCUGUUUUCAAAUAAAAAACAAUAUUGAGCAAUGACAAAA